AGGGGUGGUGCCACCCUUCAGACCUCAAGGUUCCCCUUUGGUCAGAGCGCACUGCAGUCCUUUGUGGAAGAUCGUCCAGGCGAGCUAUGGCGGAGACACACGCAAGGCCCAGCGUCCGCGAGAUCUUCUCCACUCUGGAGUACGGACCCGCGCCGGAGAGCCACGCAUGCGCACUGGCCUGGCUGGAUGCCCAAAACCGCCUCUUGGGCCACUAUGUAAAUGGGAAGUGGCUAAAGCCAGAACACAGGAAUUCAGUGCCUUGCCAGGACCCCGUCACAGGAGAGAAUUUGGCCAAUUGCCUCCUGGCAGAGCCUGAUGAUGUGGCUGCAGCAGUGAAGGCAGCCUUGGAUGCACGGGGAAGCUGGAGUGGAGUCCCCGGAGGCGAGCGGGCCCAGCACCUGACCAGGCUGGCCAAGAUGAUCCAGAAGCACCAGCAGCUUCUGUGGACCCUGGAUUCCCUGCUCACUGGGCGGGCCAUUCGGGAAGUUCGCAGUGGGGAUGUCCCACUGGCCCAGCAGCUGCUGCAGUACCAUGCAGUCCAAGCUCAUGUCCAGGAAGAGGUACUGGCAGGCUGGAAGCCCAUGGGUGUUAUUGGCCUCAUCUUACCACCCACGUUCUCCUUCCUAGAGAUGAUGUGGAGAAUUUGCCCUGCCCUGGCAGUGGGCUGCACCGUGGUGGCCAUUGUACCCCCAGGCUCCCCAAGCACCCUCCUCCUGGCCCAGCUGGCAGGGGGCCUUGGCACAUUCUGCGGGAUCCUCAAUGUGAUUGUUGGCCCUGCCUCCCUGGGGCCCACUCUGGGCCGAUGUCCUGGAGUGCAGAAGGUGGCCUUCUGUGGAGCUGCAGAGGAAGCGCGUGUCCUGCGGCAGAGCCUGGCUGGCCACAGGCUGGAGCUGAGUCUGGCGCUGGACUUGGAAUCACUACUGCUGGUCAUGGACUCAGCCGACCUGGACUCAGCCGUGGAGGGCGUUGUGGAUGCAGCCUGGUCUGACCGCAGCCCGGUGAGACACAUGCAUGGCGGCCUCCGGCUCCUGGUCCAAGAAUCUGUGUGGGAGGAAACCAUGAGGCGACUCCAAUCGAGGAUGAGGCGGCUGCGGAGUGGCCCAGGCCUGGACGGGGCCGUGGACAUGGGGACCCGAGGGGCUGCUGCCUGUGAUGUGGCCCAGCGCUGUGUGCAGGAGGCCAGGAGUCAGGGUGCAGAGGUGUUCCAGGCUGUCACUGUGCCCUCAGGUGGCCCACUCUUUCCCCCAACAUUGGUCUCUGGCCUGCCCCCCGCCGCACCAUGUGCCCAGGCAGAAGUCCCGUGGCCGCUGGUCAUGGCCUCCCCUUUCCGCACAGCCAAGGAGGCGCUGGCCAUGGCCAACAGCACACCUCGGGGAGGCAGCGCCAGUGUGUGGAGCGAGAGGCUGGGGCAGGCGCUGGAGCUGGCCUAUGGGCUCCGGGUGGGCACAGUCUGGAUCAACACCCAUGGCCUCAGAGACCCUGCAGUGCCCAUAGGUGGCUGCAAGGAGAGUGGGUCUUCCUGGCACGGGGGCCUGGAUGGUCUGUAUGAGUACCUGCAGCCCUCGGGGACCCCUGGCCAGCUGCCUUUUGUUUUUGAGCAUCUGAACUAUGACAGCUUCGGCCUUGCCUUACCCACAGCCCUGCCAGCAUGGCCCGAAACAGGGCCCAGCCCAGUGCCUCCCUAUGGGCUCUUUAUCCGGGGCCGAUUCCAGCCUUCGGGAGCCGGGAGCUCUAGGCCCAUCUGGGAUUCUUCUGGCAAACUCCAUGGCUACGUGGCUGAGGGUGCAGCUGAGGAUGUGCGAGGCGCUGUGGAAGCCGCUCACCAGGCUGCCACUGGCUGGGAGCGUCAGUCCCCAGGGGCCCGGGCGGCCCUGCUGGUGGCGCUGGCAGCUGCGCUGGAGCACAGGGGACCCGGCCUGGCCUCGAGGCUGCAGCGGCAUGGAGUGGAGCUCGAGGCUGCCAAGGUGGAGGUGGAGCUCAGCGCCAGGCGACUCCGGGCGUGGGCAGCCCAGGCCCAGGCCCAAGCCCAGGGCCACACCCUGCAGGUAGCAGGGCUCAGAGGCCCUGUGCUCCGCCUUCGGGAGCCACUGGGUGUGCUGGCAGUCGUGUGCCCUGACGAGUGGCCUCUGCUCGCCUUCGUGUCCCUGCUGGCCCCUGCCCUGGCGCACGGCAACACUGUGGUCUUGGUGCCCAGCGGGACCUGUCCCCUGCUGGCCCUGGAGAUCUGCCAGGAUGUGGCCUCGCUGUUCCCCGCUGGACUGGUGAACGUAGUGACAGGAGAUCGUGACCACCUGACGCGCUGCCUGGCCUUGCACCAGGAUGUCCAGGCGCUGUGGUAUUUCGGAUCUGCAGAGGGCUCCCAGUUCGUGGAGUGGGCCUCGGCGGGAAACCUCAAGCCUGUGUGGGUGAACAGUGGAUGCCCAAGGGCCUGGGAGCAGGAGCCCCAGGGGGCAGGCCCAGAGCUGAGGCUGCGGGCAGCACGGACCAAGGCCCUGUGGCUGCCCAUGGGGGACUAAUGUCCAGUGCCACGAGAGGAGAUGUCCCCUGACAGACGCCUGGCACCUAGAACUUUCCUCUCAUGGUCCUGUGUCCUCCAAUAAACUGUCCGACCAACCCCGGCCGUGCUUGGAGGGCAAGGCGGGGGACUGUGACUUCUGAUCUUUAUGAGGCCCUUUAGCUCCAGAUUGAGCAGCCCGGUGGGCGGCUCCAGGACAACACAGCGUUUGUGAGACAGAUAAAGGGGACUCUGAGAGCCCCUACCCAGGGCAUUCUGCGGAGGGCAGUGGGAGGGGUCAGAGGGAAGUAAGUCCCUGGAGGAUGCUGCACUGAGCGAGGUUUUGUGGGCCGCUUUGGGGGCCUUGAAGCCACUAACCCUGCUGCUGCCCAGCCACAGCCAAGCCAGGCAGGAAGGCUCCUAUUCCCCCUGCCCCAGCAGGGGACCUGAUUGGCCAGCCUGACGGGUGACCUCCAAUCACAUCUGCCCUGGCUGCCCCUAGGACAGUCAGCCAUUCCAUGCUAUCCUCAGCCACAGAUACUGAUGUGCCAGGGUUUCCUGUCAUUACUACAACUUCCCGCAAACAGGCUUGAAGGAAAACAGCAUGACAGUAUUGUCUUACAGUUCUGGAGGUCAGCAUGGGAAAUAAGUGUUGCUGAGCUAAGUGGAGAGGUCGGCAAGGCCUCCUGCCUUUCAGAAAGCUCCUGGCCCCACCCAUCUUGAACCUUUUGUUGUGUGUUUGGUUUUUUUGAGGCAAGAUCUCUAUGUACAAACUUGCAGCAAUCCUCCAGCCUCAGCCUUCCCAGUGCUGGGGUUACAAGUGUGUGCCAUCACCCCGGGCUAAGAGCUCACUUUUAUAUCAAAGCCACUUCCUCCACAGCCUGUGAGUUAAUACACUCAAGACGCCUUCCAAAAGCCCCACCUCCAAGUCCGGUUAAGGUAUCAACUUUCAGGUUAGGCUGCCAACACAUGGAUUUUGCGGGGACACAGUCAGAUCACAGCAGAGGCCACGUCACUCCAUCAUCCACCAUCACCCAGUCUGUCAGGCUUCCAGCCAGAAGGGACCUGUCACUUCCGCUCUGGCAUCAUUGGCCAAAGCACGUCACAUGACUAUGAGAGCUUCUGGGGCAGGGCUCCUCUAGUGAAUGCAGGUGUCCACCAUGGAUAAGAUGGAAGGGGCAGGAGAAAAGAGAGCCACACAGAAAGGAACUGCACCACCUCAUUCCAGUUGGAGUUGAAGGGACUAAGGCUGAGAAACAACAAAGUAACAGGCUGGGGAGCCCAUAGCCUUUGCUACAGGGCACUGGUGGCCCAGGCAGGGACACAUGGGAGCUAGAAAUUGAGGAUUUUAUCAACGAUUUUGAUGGGAGGUUGGAGAAAUAAAGCUGGGAAAGGGGCCAGGGAUUUAGCUCAGUGAUUCUGGUGCCUGCCUCCCAAGCACAAGGUCCUGAGUUCGAUCCCUGGUACCAAAAAAAAAAUGCAACAACAAAAAAAGCUGGGAAGCAGCAAAUGCUGAGCCCCAACUCCAGAGAGGGCUGAGGAUUUGUUCUAAGGUCAAGGCCCUAAGUUCAUCCUUAGCACCAUGCACAUAGGGACCACGUUUAUUCCCCUACCUCCCACCCCUGGUCCUGGAGAUUGAAGCCAGGGCUGCAGCUUUCUACUGAGCUACAUCCUUAGUCCUUUAUAUUUUUCAAUUUUGGACAGGGUCUUGCUAAGUUGCCCAGGCUGGGCUGGAACUUGCAAUCCUCCUGCCUCAACCUGCCAGAGUGCUGGGUUUCCAGCCAUGUGCUGCCACGCCCAGCUGCACAGGCAUAAUCUCAGAUGACAUGCCAGGAUGGCACAGAAAGCACCAGACAGUGUGCUGGACAAGGCACUCACGCAACCUGGGUGGGGGGUGGGGGGGGUGCUGGGCAUAAGAGCAGCCCUGGGAUCCUCCCAGUGCAGGUGUGAUUGGCACUGAGCUGGCUUUUUAAAGUUGUGAAUAUUUACUCACCUGGGCAGAGUGGCAUACACCUUUGAUUCCAGCACUCUGGGAAUCUGAGGCAGGAGGAACGAAAGAUCAAGCCCAGCCUGGGCAACUUAGUGAGACCCUGUGUUAAAAUGAAAGGGGAGUGGCCAGGGAUUUAGCUCAGUGGUUCCACUGCGCAAGUGCAAGUUCCCGAGUUCAAUCCCUGGUCCAAAAAAAAUGAAAGGGGGCCCAGGAAUUUAGCUCAGUGCAAAGUCCUUGGGUUCGAUCUCCAGUACCACACAUACAAAAUAACUCCCAUCAAUUACACAAAUUCAUUGCAUCGCUAUGACAUUUCCAUCCAUGCAUAUAUUGUGCUAAUUUUUUUUUUUUUUUAAAUACCAGGGAUCAAACUUGGUACCUUACACUUGUCAGGCAGGGGGCAGAACCACUGAGCUAAAUUCCCAGCCCAAUUAAGGAAUGCAUGAUUUUAAUUCUUUCACUGGGUCUUGAAGGACAGUGAGGAUCCAGUUCAGCCUGGAGAAGCAUGUCAUAAGAACGUCACAGGAGAGACCGACAAAGGCCCUUUGGCAGGAGACCGUCUUGGAGACCUGCAGAGGGUUGAAUAGUUCCCAAGGGGAUAUGUUACAUCCUACUCCCUGGAAGCUAUGAAGGAGAUCUUACUUGGAAAACAGGUUUUUGCAGAUGUAAUUACACUACAGAUCUCAAGAGGAGAUCACCCAGGGUAGGGCUAAGCCCUACCUACACCCAGGCACUGGUGUCCUGAGACACAGAAACAGUACGAGGCCAUGAGAAGACUGAGGCAGAGAUUGGAGAGAUAGGGCCACAACCAACAGUGUCAGCAGCCACCAGAAGCCAGGAGAAUCACCAGGCCUGCAGGGCCGUGUGGCCCACCUGCGCCCUGGCCUUCCGCCCUCCAGGCCCUGGGUGAGAACACUUUUCUGUUGCUUGGAGCCACUAAGCUUGUAAUCGUGUGUCACAUCAACACAGCCCUUUGACCAGCAGGGCGAGAACGAGGUCCUCACCAGAGCUCCAGUGGAGGCCCCAGGGGCUGUGGGGCUGAGACCAAGGAGGCCCACAGUACGUCUGACCGGUAUCUUUUUGUUUGUUUUCAGUUCUGAGGAUGGAACCCUGGGCCUUUCCACCCAGCUGGAUCCCCACCUCUUUUUUGUUUGUUUUCUUUUGAGACAGGGUCUCCCUGAGUCCCUGAACUGCCCAGGCUGGGCUUGAACUUGCAAUCCUCCUGCCUCAGCCUCCCAGAGCGCUAGGAUUACAGGAAUUUUUUACUGGGGCUUCAUUAGGCGGGCACAGUCUUCUGCCCUUCCAAGGAACUGGCUGGGCUGUAGUCACACAACUGGUCUUCCAGUCCCCCCUUCCUGAGUCACCUCCACGUGAACUCCGGUGUGGCCGUGAAUGAGAGCAACAUCCCUAAUGCUGAAAUUCUGAGGGUUUGCUACCAGGGCCAAGACCAGCCACAUCCUCUCUUAUACAACAAAAGGAAAAAGGAGGACACAUCAAAAACCUCAAUGGUCCUGUGAUGCUGUGAUGCUCCAGGGCAAGAUUACACCAGUUGAAGACAUCCUGGGGAGGAACAAAUUCCCAAUCAACAUAAAUUCCUCAUCAAACUAGGAUCUUCAUCCACAUAAGUUCCUCCUUGUCCUAGGAUUAUCGCUGCAGCCUUCUGAGUCGUCUGUUAUCCCAAUGUACCAAAUAAAGGUGUGGCAAGCUC